UAGCUAGCGAUUCUCCCACGCGCCGAGACUUGAACGGGCAGGUUCCGCCAGGGCACGGCCAGUCUUUACCACCAGUUCAGAGUGGUUGAAAGCAACGAUUUCGCGUGCCGUCCUACUUGAUCAAUCGAAGAUCAGACAGCAGCAGGAAAUCAUCGCUGAUAAGCGCAUUACGUAGCAAAACAUACUGAGUAGUGAAGUGCGUGCUGUGGGGUACGAACGCGUAGCUGAUGUCGCAGUGGAUCACGUCGUACCGCACGAGUUCUAGUGAAUUUUGGCUAGAUUGGACGAGUUUCUCUAGUGAGCAAUAGGGGAAAUCCAAUGCCCACUCUUGUGAGAUUAUUCUACUUGAUGUGUUGAAACGACGGGGUCUGAUUGUGUGUUGAGGAUCUGAUGAUUCCUACAUCCGUUUUAUGUGUAAUAAUGUUGAGCAAGACGAAGAACAAACGAUUUAAUGUCGUUUGCCUUACUCAUACUCUAGCGCUGUGAGGCAAGCAUUAUGCGGCUUUUGGAAGUGAUUGUUGCGUGUCGACGAGAGCAAAUCUAACGAAAUCUUUCAACGAGAAGUGUACCUGUUGGUUCCCAUUUUCUAUACCUUUACAAUCCUCGUCACCCAUAGGCGCAGAGGUGUCGACGGAGAGGAAUAAUUUAACUUCGGUGGGAUAAAACAACAUUUGCCAACGCCCGGACAGAAGUGAACAGCUCGGCGGGAAGCUUCUCCUUCUUUACAUGAUUGACAGUAAGGGGCACUGUCCCAACGACACCAUCAUCAUCGUCAUCAUUGGCCGCGUCGCACUAACGCGCCAGUGGAAGAUUUUGCACUCGGCAGUGAACUGUGUUCGGCGUCGGUUCGGUGGAAAGUGGCAAGGUUGCUGCCCAAACGUAGUCCUUCCGUCCCGGGACCCGGACGCUACCAUUCGACGGCGAACCGUCUGUGCACAGGAAGCAUUCUUCAAGGAGAGCGUUACAUGAACCCCGAGGUGAUCAGUGUUCGAGGGGCGGUGUGGUGAUCCAACUUCUGUGCUGUAUGAGCCUACUGCUGUAGAGUAGCAGUGAUCGUGUUGUUGUUUUUCUCGUAGACUUGGGAGACGUUAAGGGUAGCCGGGUAUAACGGGUACUUCGAGGCAGACCAGUUGGGUGAAAUUUUAUGGACGAAAUCUCACGGCCGUUAAACGAACAUUGCCAGUGACUGUGCUGUGCCGCCGUGUGCUGUUAUCCUCACUGGUGCGGCUAGUUCCAACCUCUAUGGAGUUUCAGCUAGACAGCGCGGAAUACUGCCAGGCACAACACAAAUAAGCGAAAGGCGCGCUUUUUCCCUGCCACAUCACCAUCACAACACCAUCGCCGCCUGUACCUCCCAGGAAGGAUACCGAACUGGAGAAAGUUGUAGCGUUGAUUAGCGCGCGAGAGAAAAAGUGUGCGUGUGCCGGAGCGUGCGUGCGUGAGCGGGGGCAGGCAGCGAACUUGCAGGAGAUCAUCCUCCAGCGUAACCGACGAAUGGUGUGAUUAUUGCUGCGUAAGGAAGGCGAUCGCGCGCAACACCCGCAAAUCUGUGAGAGCUUUUGAAUGAGAAGCCCCGAGCUGGAGCGUACAUUGGAGAAGAAAGUGCUGCACGCAGUAAGCAGACGAAGUAUCGACGCCAGCAAGCGCGGCCAAUUUUGUUAUUGCCAUAGUCCGCAAGCAGCAUCAUCAAGUGUGUGUGUGUGUGUAAACACAAGCGGGACGUGUAAGAAGGUCCUUGGAAGCGAUUAGGCUGGCGAUAGAUAAACGAGCGUUAGAGGACGAUCGAUCAUUAUAGCACACAAAUCAUCCGCUUCUCAAGCACCACCACCACAUUUGAGAGUACAAGGAAGGUGUUGUAGGGGACUCGUCAUCGUAGCAAAGCCUAUACCCAUCCCGCCAUCCAUAUCGGAAGAAGAAAACAACCGGCGCAAAGACUAGCGACAGUGCAGGCGAGCUUCAUUUUGCUUGGGCAGCGAAAAAAGCGUGCAUUCGUGUCCUUUCCUUUCGGUUACGGCAUCCUUCAGGCGGCAGCACAUUGCUUGCUUUGUAAUUGGUGUGCGGUGUCUGUAAUAAUCCCAUCGUUUUACCCCGUGUGCUUGAGCACAGAACUUAUGCGUGUGGCAUUUCGUUGCGUGUUCUACAAGAACGCCGUGCAUCGGAUAUCUUCGACAACUGCAGGCAAAACUCGGCGGCAGAAAACAAUAUAUUGAGACUGAUUGUAAAAUAGAUCUAUUAAGAAUAGUAACCAAACAAGUAUAACCCCCCCCUCAACCGAUUAUCAUCAGCCGCUGCGAACCAGCAAACCAGGGACAGUGACCGCCAACACCGGCGAUCCUUCCGAAGGCGCUUCAAUCAACGUAAUCAAAAUAAAGUACACACACACACACAGACCAGACACACUUCCCGACCAAGUGAAAAAACACUGUAACGAAAUCCUAAGAUCUUACUGCUGCUGAAGACCCUUAUAUCGCCCUAGCCCGUUCCAAGGGAAAGCGGCUAACCACAGUUCCACCGAAUUUUGGCCGAUGUUUAAGAAGGAGGCGCGAUAUAGUCAAACGAAAUACAUAGCUGUAGUAGUGUGAAUCGGAGCAGCCAUCUACGUCCCCGCAAUAGCAAGAGCAGGGUUUCAGAUGAAUAUAAAUGUUUCGAAUGUGAAAUACUUUUAGAUACGUGUGUUUCAAGCUUUACUCUCUGAGCAGAAGGAUAGAUUGGACAUUUUUAUAUCAAACUCUACGCAACGACGGAAGAUUAGCCUCAGAGCGCAAUCCCUGCUGUUGCCCCAGCAUCAACAUCUAGAGUCGAUCAGAGGUGUUUUUUUGGUGUUGCGACGCUGUGGCAGCGCGCGCUAGCGGACAAAAGCUGAUCCGAUAAAAGAUAAAGCAGCAGCUUGUGAACAGCAGCAAAGGAAUAAGAUAAUUUACCGGCACUCACCUACUCAGGCAACAAACCAGAAUCCCCCAGUGUCAGCUUCUACCUUCAUCCGCACGGUUAUCAGCGAAAAGGUUGCCCCGACGUUUAAAAAAAAGAAGAGCGAGUGAUUGGAUGUGCGCAGCAGUAGCUAAGCGGUGAAUCCGAAACUUGCUUUAAAAACAUUCAAAACGGUUACUCCAUCAUCAUCUCUGGAGAAAGGCACGAGUAGCUGGCCGGCUGGAAGAUAAGAUAAUACUCUUGCAAUACCACCCACAUACACCCAACGCGGAUCGUCGCGCACACGGCUGCUGCAAGUUGGAGCGCGUUGGAGAGUAGAACUACGCCCGACUUUUGGCAGGGCUUAGAAGCUGCGAACCAUACCCGCGCCCCGUUCCAUCCUUGAGGAGAAGAGGAUCGCGAAGAGAGAAUUGUGAUAAAGCUAAUUUUAUGUUUGUUUCUAGUGAUUCUCCAUCUCCGUUGACGCUGUUGAAGCGAGUUUUGGCUGGCGUCUUUUAAACCCGCUAGCUUUUGUGAUUGUGAUGAAAAUUGUAUUCGUUCGCUAAUAUUGUGUAUUUCAAAGUCGCCAAGAGCGUGCUUGAAAGCGUGUAGCUAGAUCGACAAGGAAGCGCUACAGCUAAUUAACGGUCAUUGAUUUGGUCUGUGUAAAACACCGGUGGUUCGUGUGAUAAAAAGAAGACUUUUUCGCGUAGAAGGCACGUGCAGCGGGAGGACACUUCCUGUGCAAGCUCACCGCAGCCAAGACAGCACAAAGCAACAGCAACCAGCCGGGUUAACUGGAUUUGGUUUUUUCGAGGUUAACGUGUGAAGGCGCGAACCCAGUUUUAUGACAACCGUCAUCAUGCGCCAGAAGGACAUCAGACCCGCACCGGCGCGGAUCGAGUUUAAGGGAAUGAAAUUCCUGAUCACCGAUCGGCCAUCGGACGCAAACAUUCUAUCGUACAUCGCUGAGCUGAAAAAACAUAACGUCUCGAUUGUGGUGCGCGUGUGCGAGCCAAGCUACAAGAUCGAGGAGCUCGCGAACCAUGGUAUCAUCGUGCGCGAUCUAGCGUUCGAGGAUGGUACGUUCCCGCCGAACGACAUCGUAUUCGAGUGGUUCGAGAUAUUGAAACAAAAGUUCCAGGAGGAUCCGGAAGCGUGUGUGGCGGUACACUGUGUGGCGGGUCUGGGCCGUGCGCCGGUCCUUGUGGCACUAGCUUUGAUUGAACUAGGACUUAAGUACGAGGCAGCUGUAGAAUUGAUUAGAGAUAAACGAAGAGGUGCUAUUAAUGCCAAACAACUAUCAUACCUAGAAAAGUAUAGGCCCAAGUCACGGUUAAAGCACAAAAACGGCCACAAGAACUCGUGCUGCGUGCAAUAAAACUAUCAAAAUUCCCACCAGUUAAAGUGUUCAUUUUAAGCAAGUGACAGCCGGAUGAGAAUGGUACGAGAACGGAGCGCCGAAAACCGAACCCUAUAGAGAGGAGGGAGGGCGAGAGAGGGAAAACAUAAAUGUUUAAAACAAAACCAGAUGAUACAUCAACACAUCCCUAACAAACACAACGGUAGGGCUUUACGUUAACAAAUCACACACACACACACAACAUCGGGGUCGGGGUUGUUGGGUCGAGUGUAUGGAGAGCAGUAAAGCGCGCGGAAUGAUUGAGGAGAACGCGCGGAAGAAUACAAAAAAAUUGGGCGAUGAAAUCUUACAAAGGAAAGCGUUAAAAUCGAACGAGAAUGUAAUAUUUGAACAUUAAAAGAGAGAAAUAGAGAGCAAAAACGAACCUAAUACUAGUGAAGGUAAUAACCGGAAACCGUUUCAGUUGUAAUAUCGCUUCAACGAAGAUUUUGUGGUAUACUCUCUCUCUCUCUCUCUCUGCCUUUGUGGCACUUUUCGUCCAUCUUUUAUGUAUUACCUUGCUCAUAGCGUUUCAACCGUUUACUUUUCCAAUUGAAAAUCGAUUCUUCCCAACAAGUUCCACGUUACAAAAUCGAGCGAAAGCGAAAAAGACAGAACCUUCUCACUCUCUCUCUUAUGGAACAUGAGACCCAUACCUAGCCCAAGAAGAAAAAAGGAAUUCUUAUACACAGAACAGACAGUUGAUUUUAGGGGUUUACAUGUUUUAUGCAAAAGGCCUUUUCAUUUUGUUCGAGCGCAAUCAGUUUACCAGUCUGUGUGUAGGUUUGUACUAGAAGGGUAUCUAUUAUCCUUUUUUGGUUUCGCUUUUUUUCCCUAUGUACCUCAGACAACCCUUAACAGCCGUAAUGUUCCGUACGUACCACCUAACAGUUGCGCGCACGCAAACUGCUUUUCACUCAUUCGUAAGCAGAGAGAGAGAGAGAGAGAGAGAAAUUACGAUCGUAUCCGACGACGCCCAGUGUGUGUAUGUGUAUGUGUGACCGUAGAUCAUUAUUAAUAUAUUGUAAUAAAUUAAAUAUUUGAAAUAGGGAAGAGAGUUAGCGGAAUGCAGUGAAGAGAAAAGCAAACGGGUGGUUCCUCUUUUAGUAUGGUCUUUUGCUUUUAUUUGUUGUUGCUUGGAACACGUGUCAGAAACACGACACGUGACGACAUAUCCGGAAAUCAUAGGCCCCGAUUUGAGUGUUACUUGCAUUCUUGCACUGAGGAAUGAUCGAUCGACGGUUGCAAAGUGCACAAGGAACGUUCAGUAACUUUUCGGGGAGAACAACUAUUUCCUCGUGUCGUGGCAGCUGAAUGAUUUAUUGUCCUAAAUUCCUAAAGAACAGUGGAAUGACAAUUGCACCUAUAUUUUUUUAAAUUUAUUUAAAACUGCGACAACAAAACCAGACUGCAAUCAUUAUUACUCGUAGCCGUACAAAAAAGCUAGCUGGCUGGCUGGCUGGCUAGAAAACAUUGGUAAUACUUGAACGAUCGAAACCGAUGAAAAAAACAAUAGCGCAACAAUGUCAUUGGCAUUGGUAGGAGGAAUGCAAAUAGGGCCUAAUUAAUUGUAUCCUAAAACAUCGCGCAGUUCUUCGCAGGCGUUAGUACAGCAGUUUAUUGUUUUAAAAUCCUUGUUCUCCCUCUCCUGGCAUCUGGUGACAGUGGAAUAAUUUAUAGUUAAAACGUUUUUUUUUUAUACCAAACAUCAAAAAACAUCCUUCACACACAUACGUGUGUAGUUUUGGAUGUUGUACAUAACCUCCCUGCCGUACGCAAACAAUAGCAAAUUGAACCAUAAUUUUAGAAACAGCCACUGAAAACGAUCGUGUGCAAUAUGGCUGUAAAAUAGUAAGUUCCGGAGGCAAAAUCCGUUCCGGUAUCCCCCCCCCCCACCAAAGUUCAGCUAGCACUGCACACACACACACACACACACACACACACCUACCUACACGCAAGGAACUCUGAAACACUGUGAUCGUAGCGAUAUGAUCCCAACUAGUGAUGUGCAAACUGAAUCAGAAUGAGUGAAUGACAUAAAUCUUAGCCAUGAAUUAGAUGAAUCAUCACGAAGAGUUAUUUCAACUCAGCUUUGAUUUAACUCUCCGUGCCGACUAACCACUCACUCACCUCGUUUUUACUCACUCAUCUCGUUUUUACAUCGGAAUGAACAUGAGUAUCAUGAACUCACGAUGAGCAUCGGAAUGAACUCGCGAUGAGCAUCGGAAUGAACUCGCGAUACACCAAUACGAUAUUUAACUCUCUAAUGAGUAAAAACGAGGUGAUUUAGUUAAAACGAGGUGAGUGAGUGGCUAGUCGGCAUGGAGAGUUAAAUCAUUAUUCAAGAAAAAACUCUUAAAGAGUGAGUAUAAGAUGUAACUCACUAUUACAACUCAUUCAUUCUGAUUUAAUUCACGCUACUGAGUGGUUAUUCCCAUCACUAAAUCCCACCACCACAACCGCAAUAGGAUAUUGUUUUAUAGUUAAGAUUAAACAUAUACUGCACCCACGCUAGAAAGAAUUUUUUUAGUUCAAUUUUACAACUUACAACACGACGGAUACGGUCGCACCGGAAGAAGGGGGCCCUUCGUUUGGGAUGAGAAUAUUAUUACAAUUUGAGCCUUUGUUUUGCGCAUCAAUGUCGAUCAUUCCACCAGCUUUUUUGCUUGCUUGUUUUAAUGCAAAGACCUAAUCAAACAUUACAAAGAACCUAAUCAAGCCACAAACACACACUACCAUAGUAUCAAUAAUUUAUUUAUUGUAUAGCCUAAACAAUCUACAGAACAGUUUUGCCAAACUACCGGAACAGAUAGUUUAAAUUAUUAUUUUUUUCGCACUGUAUGUCACUGUGCGCCGCCAUUGUGCAAACCAAACCAAAUUCCCAAACACCCGAAACGCACGCACUGCAUCUGUACAGGGAUAGCUAAGCUUUUAAGUUAACAGUUCCCCUUUAGUGGUUAACGCCUGCGAUAAGAACAACAACCGCGUGUUUCUUCAACUCUUCAAGCACAGCGAUCUCUUCCCCUGUUUUAAGCACUCGAACCCCAACAACAGUGAAGCGGUGCUCCCCCCUUCGAUGAUGAGCGUGAGGUGUUCUGUUAUUACUUCGUUACAAUUAAACAAACUUUCAUUCGUAUCCAUCAAAGGAUUGACAGCAACAGUAAACCCCAGUCCAAAAUGUUCCGCGGCAGAGGAGUGGAAAAGUAUAUGAUUGCGUUUUUUAUCUGUGUCGGAACUAGUGAUGUGCAAACUGUGUCAGAAUGAGUGAAUGAGUUAAAUCUUAGCAAUGACUGAGCUGAUAAAAAUCAGUUCAGAUCAGAUCAGAAUGAUUGAAUCAGAUGGUUUAAUGAGUUGGUUCAAUUCACCUAUGAUUUAACUCUCCGUACCGACUAACCACUCACACAGUUCGUUUCAACUCACUCACUAUGUUUUAACUCACGAGUGAGUAAAACACAGUGAGUGAGUUAAAGUAUAGUGAGUGAGAGAGUUAAAGCGAAGUGAGUGAAUGAGAUUAAACACAGUGAGUGAGUGGUUAGGCGGUACGGAGAGUUGAGUUAUUCCUCGAGAUUUAACUCUUUAAGGGCGAGGAUUCAACUCACUAUUCCAACUCAUUCACUCUGAUUCACGUUGCUGAGUGAUUAAUUCUCAUCACUAGUCAAAGCACAACCCGCACAACUCUUUCAUUUGUGGGAAUAUUUCCUUCUUUUUUUAUUUGAGCGUGUAUUUGUACUGCUUGCCCAACUUGCUGUGCAUGUCCUCGAUUAGUUUUUUGUUUGGCUAUGCUCCUACCACUGUAAUACCAUGAGUGAGCGCCUGGAUGUGUGGGCCCACUUUUUUCUGUGAUAACUACAAAAACGAGAGCCGAACCGAAAAAGAGGGCAAAAGGAGGUGGGGACUCCAGACUUUUACUAAAAAGGUGGUGGAUACGAAUGAAGAGUUCGCGUUGACACAAACACACACAGGAUAGUAAUUUUCAUACUUAAAAUCAUCGAAGGGUGAGUGGCUGCGCUAUCCGUCAAAAGUUCCGAUAGCGCGGUACAGAAUGUCAUGUGUUUAUAUGUUUUAUUUAAAUACUUACGUUUACUUAACUCUGCCUACUAUUACUAUAGCAAAAUGGGGUGAAGCGUAACCUUCUAACAAGUGGCAUCAUAACGGAGGCAACAGAGAGCCCCUCUACUAUGAUGUAUCGAAGAAGGAAAGCAAAAAAUCGAUCAUACGACCGAUAUGACUACCAGUCUACACACAGCAAAUAGCAGUUAGUACUAAAGCAAAGGAAAACAUCCACACAGACACACGAAAACCUAUACACAAGCACUAAGUAAAUGGGGUGGGGAAAAGCAUCUAAAAGAGUAAUGUAUAAUCUCCACCCCUGAGGCGUUUCGGCACGGGCGAGUGAGAGCAGGGCUGUAGUGUACGGAACAGCACGGGGGGCCGCCCGUGACAAGAUCGUAUUCAUAUUUUAUAUACAAAAAGGCAAAAAGAAAACAAAUUCAAGGAAGAAAAGAAUAAAUACCAAGAAAUGCAACUCGCAUACUAUUAACAGAGGACAGAGGCACUGGGUGAGUGGGAAAUGUACAGUGCAUUGGACAGAAAUUCGGACCUCUUGCAGCAGACUUUUUGAGCUAUAAUUUAUUGGUAAAGAUGCUUGCUUUGAGAACAGAAGAUCUCCUACUAUUGUUUUGAACUACCAACAGUUAUCAGGGAAGUUCCCUAAGACAUUAGUUUGCCUCAAAAGAUUUCUAUUUCUGAAACAAGAUUCCGAUAAGUUCUUGAUGCUUUAUUGGUUUUAUAUAGUGUCUUAGAAGUGGUUACUCAAAAACAAGCCCUUCGCUUUAUUCAAAUCGAGAGCGGUGUAGUUGUUAACAGAACCGUUGCGUUGCGAUUGGUACAAUGAUCCGAAGUACUAAUUAAAAAAUAUAUCAAAUGUAUUCCAAAAACUUGUUAGAUUCCGACGAAUGUCCGGAUUUUCUUGCUGGCUUUCGAAGAAUCGGAUUGUCUGCCCACUUUUCCAUUUCGAUUAGUGGCCGCUUGAUAACUGAUUUUUGAGCCAGUUUUUUAAUUGAUGCAAGGGAUGAACAAAUGGUCUCGAUUUCAAAGUGUUCGGAUUUCUGUUGGAGGCACUGUACUACGUUCACACACUACUGUAGCGAGUCCGAUCGAGGGUGGGGAAAUCUCCCAAAAGGAGCAGAAGGUUUUGGAUUGGAACAAGUGAAGGAAAAAUUGAAGCAAAAGAAAAAAGGGGGAAGAAUAGGGACGCGCCCAUAUGCGUCGACUAAUAAUGAUCACUUUAACUGCUGCGGUACUUCGAUAUAAGGUGUAAACCGUUUGUGGUGUGUGUGUGUGCGUGUCACUUUUUUGUUUGUUUCUGUAAUCAGUAGUAAAAACGGGCGGACGCGCGAUGGUUUUAUGUUAACGGUAUGUAAAUCAUCAUUAUGAGCAUCGUCCGCACACUACCACGUACACACACACACACAUAAAGAUUGCAUAGCGAGGGGGAAAACAAAUCAACAUAGUAAUUGUGCUGAAGGCCAUAUCUCUUCUCAUCUCCCUAGAGCACGAGUAAAAAUCAGUAAAAAAAAAACAAGGGAACCCGGAAAUGUGUGUGCGCGUGUGUACGACGAUGUGUGUUGCACGCCCCCAGUUCUUAGAGUUCGAGAAAAGUGCUUUACUACUACUUUUUUUUCUGUGUGCCCGGCGGAAGACGAUCUUCGAAAGGGAGGGAAAUACGAAAUUUAAAAUGAACGCAGGCGGCACCGAGCGCGGUUGAAGAGCAGGAAAGUAAUGUUAAAGAAAACAAAACGAGAAAAAAAAAUGAAAACCUAAAAAGCUAAACCGACGAUAUAGUCAACUUAAAAAAAGAGAAGAGGAAAGAAACGUAAAACAAACGUAAACAAACUUAACUGUGAGCAAAAGAUAAGGCAAACAAAUAUAGCUGAUAAAAAAAAAGUACACCACCACCAGCAUCAGAUCAUCCAAUGGUAGAAUGGUAGAAGGUAAAGAAACUUGCUGCAGAAGAAGUAAAGCAAAACAAAAAAAAAAAAACAACAAAACAAUAUUAUACUGAAAUAGAUAUUGUAAUUUUAUGGAA